AGAGAAUCGCAGCUGAGGUCGACCGGAAGUGUCGUUGGUUGGGAUUCCUUUCCGGCUGGCGGUGAAAUAGUCGCGUUAGCUCCGGAGCUAAUUCUUCAGUUUGUGAACAGAGAAGUUUCAGUCCAAUGGGAGAUAGCGAUGAUGAGUUCGACAGGAGGAGGCGGGACAAGUUCAGGAGAGAGAGAAGCGACAUGGAGCGGUCAAGAGAGAGGGAGGAGAGGCGGCGGGACGACUGGCCCGACAGGGACUGGGACCGCGGCAGAGAGAGAAGGAGGGAUUAUGAUCGCGGACGCAGAGAGAGGUUUUCUCCACCUCGACACAUCAGCCCUCAACACAAACGCAUGAGGAGAGACUGGGAUGACCACCGGGGGGAGCCGUACCGCUACGACAUGCCCUACGGAGGAGGGGGUCCAUUUCCAGGGGCAGGCCCUCAGGGCUGGCAUCCUGACCUCCCCCACCUUCACCCACACCAUGGAGGUCACCCACUGCAGGGCAGGUUAGGGAUGGUGGAUCCUGAUCUUCCUCCUCCUGGUCCUCCCACCAUGAGGAGCUUUAAGGAGUUCCUGUUGAACAUGGAGGACAGUGUUGAUGAGACAGAGGCGGUGAAGCGUUACAACCAAUACAAACUGGACUUCAGGCGGCAGCAGCUGCAGGACUUCUUCCUCCAGCACAAAGACCAGGAGUGGUUUCGGUCAAAGUACCACCCCGAAGACAUCAUGGGCAGUAAGGCAGAGUCUCUGGCCUCCCUCAAAACCCGCCUCAGCGUCUUCCUUUUCCUUCUCGACAACAAUUGGCUGGAUAACGUGUCUUUGGACAUGGACCAUGGCGCUGCCAUCAUAAAACUCCUUGACGCAGCCGUGAUAAAGAUGGAGGGAGGUACAGACUUUGACCUGCAGGUCCUGGAGGCACCGAUUGCACCUGUGGCAGCAGUAGUUGGGGAGGCCAGCAGUGCCGUCACCAGUGGAGGAGCAACUGGAGGUGAGAAGAGUCAGGGAGAGCAGAGCGCAGGAAGUGUCAGCGAUCAGAGCAGCUCCGAGGCGACCAGUAGUCGAACGGAGGCAACGACCAGCAGAGAGGCGGGCGAGACAAAAGACUGUGAUAAGGACUGUGAAGAGGAGGCCACGCAGAACGGAGAGAAGGAGAAGGCUGAAGAGGGGGAGGAGGGGGAGGAGGAAGAGGAGAAGAAAGAUGACGAGAAGGAGGAGAAGACAAAGAAGGGCAGGAAGAGGAAACGCAGCUUGUCAGCUGACAGUGGGGAGGGCAGUGCCUCCGACUCAGACUCCUCCCACUCUGACGGAGAGAAGGAAGAAGACGACGAGAAGGAAGAGGAGGAAGACGGAGAAGACGAGCGUCGGAAAGAGCGAGGAAAAGAGCGAGGGAAAGAGAGGGAGAAGGAGGCCCCUGCAAAGCCCCGCCCCCUCCACCUCACCACCUCUCUGUUCAUCAGGAGCAUCCCCCCAGAGGUGUCAAAGGAUGAGAUCACUGCAUUGUGUCGCAGGUACCCAGGCUUCCUACGAGUGGCGCUGUCGGACCCUCAGCCUGAGAGGAGGUUCUUUAGGCGGUGUUGGGUGACUUUUGACCGCGGUGUGAACAUCAAGGAGACGUGCUGGAACCUCCAGAACAUCAGGCUUAGAGACUGUGAACUCUCUCCAGUGGUCAACAGAGAUCUGUGUCGGCGCGUUCGCAACGUCAACGGUCUGACGCACCACAAGCCGGUGGUGAGGAACGACAUUCGUUUGUCAGCUCGACUCGUGCACAGCCUGGACCAGAGGGGGGAGCUGUGGGCCGAGCAGAUGGAGACAAACCCCGUCCUGAAGAACAUCACAGAUUACCUCAUAGAGGAAGUCAGCGCUGAGGAGGAGGAGCUGAUUGGCGCCUCUGGGGGCAACAGUGAUGACACAGGUGAUGCCAAAGACCCCGCCUCCUCCUCUGAGGUCACCGUUGAGACUGACGACAAGCUAAUGAAGGUGCUGGACAGACUGCUGCUCUACCUGCGCCUCGUUCACUCUGUAGAUUAUUAUAACUUCUGUGAGUAUCCUGCUGAGGACGAGAUGCCUCAUCGCUGUGGCCUGAUCCAUGUACGAGGACCCCUACCUGUGGCCAAGAUCACUGCAGCCGAGAGUAU